AUGACUCAAACCAACCCACCCAAGGCGCUUCUCUUCGAUGUCUUCGGUACAUGCGUUGACUGGCGCUCAACCGUGACAACUUUCCUGUCCAAAACGGCAGAGGACACUCUGAGUUCCUCGUCCUCGUCUCUUCCCUCUCUCGUGCGCACCACUGCCCCCACUAUUGACUGGGGGGAGUUCGCCUGGCAAUGGCGGAAAUCCUACUAUGAAUUUACACGUUCUUAUGACCCUACAACCGGACCCUUCAAGUCCGUCGACCAACACCACCUUCUUUCGCUCAUCGAACUGUUACGCGAGUAUCAGCUCGAGGGUCUUUGGGAUGAGGAGGAGUUGCAACGCAUUAGCAUGAUAUGGCACUUUCUUGACCCGUGGUCAGAUUCUGCUAAGGGCCUGCAAAUGUUGAACCAGAAGUUCGAGACAGCCACACUGAGCAACGGGAACACCACUCUGCUGACUGAUUUGAGGACGCAUGGCUCUUUGCCCUUCAAACACAUACUGUCAGCCGAAAACUUCGGAGCAUAUAAACCGCACGCGGACGUCUACAACGGCGCAGCCCAACAACUAGGUGUACAAACAAACGAAUGUGCGAUGGUCGCGGCACACCUGGGCGAUCUACAUGCAGCGAAACACAAAUGUGGAUAUCAGACGAUAUACGUUGAGCGGCCGCAGGAAGAGACCUGGGACAAGGAAAAGGUGGAUGACGCCAGGCGUGGUGGCUGGGUCGAUAUCUGGGUGAAUGAGAAUGAGGGUGGCUUCGAGGAAGUUGCAAGACGUCUUGGUUGUACAAUGCCUGAAGAGGGUCUAUACCACGAGACAGGCGGCAUAACAGGACAGCUCCAGGGACACACGGACAGUCACGAUAAAGAUCUGGAGCAGCAGGCAAGGGAAGGCAUAUACCACGAAGACGCGAGUAUUGUGAGGUAA